AUGUCCUACAUUGAUAAAUUCAGUUCUCGCUACUAUUUACAAGUUGACAAGAAGCAAUUAAAAGAAGCAUAUGUGGGCAAAAGUAUUCAACAAGUUCCUACUCCAGGCUUCGUUAUCGAUAAAUCUAUAUUUAGAAAUAACUGUAAUCGCAUGUUAGAUCGUGCAAGCAGUAUAGGUGUCUCUUUCCGGCCUCAUGUAAAAACUCAUAAAACUUCUGAGGGAACUUUACUACAAUUAGGCAAAGAAAGAACGAAAGCAGUGGUUGUGUCUACAGUGAUGGAGGCGUUUUCAUUAGUACCAUUAAUUCAAGAGAAAAAGAUUGACGAUCUUCUCUACGGUCUUCCUGUGGCUAAAUCUAGAAUUUCUGAGUUGUAUGAGCUAAACAAAAUAGUCCCUAAUUUACGCUUGAUGGUUGAUCAUCCUAAACAGUUAGAAAGUUUACGUGAAUUCUCCUCUAAAACACCUCAAUCAAAACCUUGGUCAGUGUUUAUAAAGAUUGAUAUGGGUACUCACCGAGCCGGUGUUACGAACGAGUCUGAAGUCGUUAAACAUUUGAUAUCCGAAAUCCUCUCUAAUAAAUCCCUGUUCCACUUAUUCGGGUUUUAUUGUCACGCAGGACAUUCCUAUGCCUCCAAGUCUUUGGAUGCUGCUUCCGAAUUCUUGUAUGAUGAAAUCCGCGCAGCUAAUCUUGCGGCUGACUUUGCAAUUUCAAUCGACCCUUCUUUAUCCUUGACACUGUCGGUUGGCGCUACCCCUACUGCUCAUUCCGUUAGUCUUAAAGUAAAAGAGUUGAUACCCUCAUUGAAUGGAAAGCUCGAGCUUCAUGCCGGGAAUUAUCCUAUGAACGAUGUUCAACAAAUGACAACCAACUGUAUAAAAAAAGACGAUGUUGCCGGAUGCGUAUUUGCAGAGGUUCUUAGUAAUUAUGCAGGAAGAAAUGGAGAGCCUGGAGAAGCACUCAUGAACGCUGGGGUUAUUGCAAUGUCUCGCGAAACUUCUCCGGAAGGUGGUUAUGGAAUAGUGAUUACUCCUGAAUUUGAUAAUUUUUAUGUUGACAGGUUGAGUCAAGAACACGGAAUCUUAAAGUCGAAAAAUCCAAAAGCUGCUCUUCCCGAGCCAGCCCAAUUUCUUUCUAUCAUACCCAACCAUUCUUGUAUUACUGCUGCUGCAUUCCCCUGGUAUUACAUAACUGAAGGUUCCGACAUUAUCACUGAUAUAUGGGUCCCUUGGAAAGGUUGGUAA